GUUUUGCAAAUUGACAUUCCUGUCAAUCAGAAACGGUCAAACAAAAUAUAACCAGAAAUAAAAUAUAACUUCUUAUGUUUAUUUUUUAAUAUAUUCCAUAUUGUAAUUAUAAGACCGAAAUAUAAGUAAUUUUUAAAAUUGGUAGUAUAAGACCAAUAAAUAUUAAUUAUAAAUGGCAGAUCCACAAGAUGAACUGUGUCCGCCACCUCCAGAGGAUGAUGAUUUGACUUUACCCCGAGCGAGUAUCAACAAAAUUAUAAAGGAACUUGUACCAUCAGUUCGCGUUGCGAAUGAAAGUCGAGAAUUAAUACUUAAUUGCUGCACAGAGUUUAUACAUUUAAUUUCUUCAGAAGCUAACGAUGUAUGCAACAGACGUAAUAAAAAGACUAUUAAUGCAGAACAUGUGUUAGAAGCACUAGACCGUUUGGGUUUCUGUGAUUAUAAACAAGAAGCAGAGGCCGUACUGAAUGAUUGCAAAGAAGUUGCUGCCAAACGGCGACGUCAAAGUACACGACUUGAAAAUCUUGGUAUACCUGAAGAGGAACUUUUACGACAACAACAAGAGCUAUUCGCUAAAGCACGCGAAGAGCAAGCACGAGAAGAACAACAGCAAUGGAUUAGCAUGCAGGCGUCUGCUGUCCAACAAAGUGCUGAGCUAAUGCAUCGACAGAUGAAGUCACAGUCUAGUAAUAGCGGAGUUGGUUUAGAAGAUGAUGAUGAUGACGAUGAAGAAUACUAAUUACAAUUAAAAAUUUAUUAGUAUUAAGUGUCUACAGCUAAGGAUAAGUGGAUAUAUUUAAAUGAUACAUAUAUGUAAAAAGUCUUAAAUAAAUGUUUAAUUAAAUAAUAAUAA